AUGCAGCUGCGCGACAAAACAAAUCCGCCAGGUCGAUAUCGAGAAGUUCCAGAUACAGAUUGUCUCCCUCUCGAAGUUGCGAAGUUUGCCCAUGAACAUUGUUUCGAUCCGACUCUACCACCAGCCUGCUUUCCUACAUUGAAGCGCGGCGAAUAUAGAUCACGUUUACCGGAGAAGAUACCGAGUUCUGCCAACAUGAUUGAGGAGCUUUUCGCGGACUCGCCGCAGCUUACAGCCCGGGAGGUUGAGAUAGGCAUGGAGAGGAGGUUUCGGCAUUUUCUUCAAUCUAUAAGAUUGGAUGACAAUCAGGCGAUUGCGAGACGGAGUCUCCCGGAUGGGAACGGAGGUGUGAUGGAAAGGUUGUUUCUCAAGGAACAUGUGCGACAGAUGGACUGGGCUAAGCUUAACAAUGGCUUGAAAUUCCUCAUUUACCGCACCAUAUUUAUAAACCAACCGAACAAUGAAGCUGUGUUCGAGUUAUUACAGCUGGAAGAAGGCGAUUUAAAUCACUUUUAUGACAUUUUUAACAACGAAGAAAGGAUUCAUCUGGCUUUUGAGGCUGCUCACGAAGCAUAUCGGGUUGCAAUGAGAGGAGGUCCGAAGAAAAUGUCGUCCAGUUCUCGGCAGAAGAACGGAUCAAUGCUUCAUAGCCAAGAAGCUUAUGAAGACAGACUGACAGAGCUCCACACAGAAAUCGACAAUCUCAACAGAUCCAGGAAAGUUGGAUUUCGCAAAGCCGUAGUGGCACUCGAAGAUGAAAUACGAGAGCUUGAAUCCGAGCAGCUGGAGCUGGAUUCAGUGGCAUCUCCAAGCCGAACUUCUUCGCCCGAAGUCGAAACAGACAAAGACUACGGUUACAAAGAUCCGAAAAAACUUACCGCAGCACACCUCAGGAAUCUCGAUAAACUUCCAAGACCUACUGAAUAUUGUCUCUCGGUGCGGGAUGUGCAAGAUGGGUUCCGGUAUUUGCAGUACCAUGGCUAUAAUAGAUGGCAUCGUGAUAUCGUUAAGUCGGUUGCUUUGGUCAUGAUUACAUACAAAGGGGUGAGGUUUACGUGGAAUGAUCUGGAUUUCGUUACGAUAUAUGAUUGUGCCCCAGAAAGCGAUGUCGAGGAAGGCGAACGCGAGCAUGAACCAGUAUACUACCUUGCUGCGCUACCAGUAAUGCAAUCGAUUGAGCAGGCUCAGCAUGCGAUCGAGUUGCGACCGUCACCAGGAUCUGCGGAACAGGCUAUUGCUCAACAAGUCCGUCGGCAGGUUGUAUUAGCAGACGACAAAAGAGUACAUACACCGUCAAAACUUCCACAACCUGAUUUCAAGCGACCUGGUCGUAUACCAGAUGUUAUCCUGAUGGUCUCAGCGCCCAAAAGGUCGAAUCCAAAUUCCGCAGAGGAUGACGCUGUGAAGAAGCGAUCGUCGAGAUCUCGUAUGGCCAUGGGCUCCUCACUUCGUAGUAUGCGGAAGGCAUAUUCUGGGUCAAUAUCGUGGUCGAAGCGUAGUCUGGGAAGGAAUCCAUUCAAAAACAUUACAGCUACGAACGCAGACAAUGUCGACAAAUUCUCAAGUUCCCUUCAUACUAUUCGGGAUUUGGCAAACAUAAUAGACUUAUGUCCACCUCCAGUACAAGAAGUGGGAGAAUUUGGCGGCAGCUAUGAUGGGGCUGCGCGUGAUUUGAGUAAACAAACAGGUUCAAAACUCAAAUUCACUUCAACACCCAAUGCUGAUCUUCCACCCAAGGGUUCACAGACACCCAUUCACUCUUCCGAAAUGUUGAAUUUCACCGACGCAUCUCAAGACGGGCCAUCACCUUAUAACGCGUCUGGUCUCUCUGCACCUCCCAGGAGGUUCAGCUUCAUCGACAAUCCACAUCCACUACGAACUCCACCCAAACCUCAUCAUAAGCGCGACGAGUCAACCUCCAGCGAUAAUUCGAAUCUCACGAUCAUUUUGAAACUGCCUCCCGAAAAGUUGCGAGUUUUCGCAAACCUAUCGCAAGCCGCCUCCGCAGAGCGAAAAAUUGUCAGAUUAUCUAUUUCACCUGAGAGAUUGUCCAAGAUCGCAACCAGCGGCGCGACGCCGCAUAAGGAAUCCAAUAGUAUGUCUCAUAUCAUCUCAGGAGACAUAUCUAUGAUCGAGGAGUGGAACAGAUUGAAUUCACCACCUGGUAGUUUGGAGCGCGAAGGUGAAGAUGUAGGCGGAGAAGUGUCGCAGGAGGGGGAUGUUGUUGGGAACGCGUGCACGAACGGAAUAUCAGAUGUUCAGUUUGGGCAAGAAGCAUCAAAUGUCUCAAAUGUCGUCCCGGGUGAUGACAUACGCCCACUUGAAGCAAGCGCUUCUGAAUUUGUUCCGCAACAAACUCCAAGUCUCACUACACCCAAUUCUGUCACGACAAGCAGGUCUUUGCCAGUUGCUGGUCACCUUAAUAGAGAACAGAAAGAUGCCAUGAUUAGACUGAUGUGGGAGCUUUAUACAAGAGCUCGGCACAAUGAUCAAGGCACUCUUCUUCCUGCCGCCCGUCUGUAUUCGGAAAAGUUAGAUUAUCUUCAAUUCCCUGGAGCACACCCGGAUAUUCCAGUCCCAGCAAGAACCCGAUACAAAGUUUACUCGGAGAAAACUUUAUUCGGUCACGCGAACGUGCCAGAAUUUGUUGCUGGUACCUAUUACCACGGUCCCAAUGGAGCUGUGUUUUGGGACUGUGGCAGUCCUCCUCAGUAUCCCCCCGAAGUCCUUCGAACAACAAAAGCCGUCUAUAACCAAAUAGUUCCCGCAGUUCUAAAAAAGCUUGGGCAACGAAUGAAAAUUGAGCAACCUCAUCUAGAACAGUUCCCUGUUCUGCCCGAGUUCGUCGAGCCGCUGAAGGCAGAAAUUCUUCGUCAAGUACAUCUUAUAUGGAAUGGUGUUGGGACUCCAUCGAAUCUUAUCUCGGAUCCAGAUCCGCAGAAUACAGGCGGUAAAAUGAUGAAGCUUGUUGCGUUGCUCAUCUCCAUGUGGACAUCAUCUAUGGUGCCAAACUGGGAGGACAAUGACAAACAGGGUUUUGACAAAGUCAAAGAAUUCAUCCGAAACAACCCACAUGGAUAUGGAGAGAGUCGCAGCACCAUGGAGGAAAUCCAGAUCCAGCGGGAGUUGGUGAAGGAAUUGAACUUGAAUGGUAAGCUCAAUUGGCAAGCUGAUGUCAGCAGGAAAGAUCAUCCAUGGUUGGAUAAUUUUCCGACAGAGUUUGUGGGUACGGAUAUAUUGGACAACGAGAAACAUCCGUUUUUUGAUACGAACAUUAUUAUCGGCGAGAAUAAAAUGUGGGAGUGGGAAAAAUGGGAGAAUAUGUUUGGGGUGACUUGGAAUUCCAAUACAACUGGAACUCCUGCGCCAUCGCAAAGUGCUGUUGAGCAUCAGGCAAAAUUGGAUGCGAGUUUGUCUGUGCCGGUCGAAUCUGUGCAAAACCAACCUGGACAAAGUGCACCUGAGCAACAGCUUUCGCAGAAUAAUAAUCCAGCUGCAGCCUCCGUUCAGACUUCAGCAACGGUCGCUACCUCCACGCCAUCUCAGACAUUCGAUAAUCAAGCUCUAAAGGCGGGAGCGGCUUCUUCUCCUCCAGUUGCCGCCGUUGCACGCCGAGCGUUGCAAAGUCCGCCGUCUAUGCAAGAUGCAUCUGGUAUGACGAUGAGCCAGACAACUUCGUCGACACUGCAGAUUCCUUCUACCUCAACCAAUUCCUUGGCGUAUCAGUCUGUUGACGAGCUGCUACUCGGUCUAUCAGCUGGCAUACAAUCUUCUCCAAACCCCACAGCUUCGCAGAGACCAGUACAGCGUCAAGCAACCCAGCAGCCUCCGAACAUUUUGAAGGUGGGCAAUUUGACCACUCAGAAUUUGAAUAUAGCUGCUGCCUCGCCUCAAAAUACAAACGGACAGGUGAUUGAUCUUACAGAAGGCUCAUCCCCUACAAUCAUACCGCGAUCAUCCCCUCUAGUCAUACCAAAACAAAAAUGGCCGCGCGGGAUAGACCCGACAAAACCGCUUCCACACGGUAUGAAGUUCAUAAACGGCCAGCUACUUUUCACCCCCGAAGCAUUUCACUUGGCUCAACCUGAUUCUUCACCUCGGCCCCAAAACCAAAAUAAGACUCUUUAUCAAGAGUUUAUUCCACAAACGAAAUCUUUCACUACAGCGGGUGAGCAGGGUCAAAGUACGGCUGUGGACGUUCAGGCUUCACUUCAUCCUGAAAUCAAUGCUAGCCAGGCUUUGGAAGACCAAAUCGACGCCAAUUUUCAAAUGUUGCAAACCUCCCAGGUCCAGAACCCUAGGUUUAAUGGUAUGGCGGUCAACAAUGUGGCCAUGAGUCCUGCAGCACUUGCUCCUGGAAAUAGCUUUGAUCAUAAUAUGGUGCAAAGAGGAGCCGGUCAUUCUAUAAAUGCUAGUGGGAGCGGAAAUGAAAGUAGGCCUAGGAGUAUGUCUAUGGGUACCACAGUAGAGAUGGUGAAUCCUCUUGAGCAGGAGUUCCUCAGAAAAUUCAGAGCCCACCAGCAGGCAAUGAUGCACAAAGCGGAGCAGCAGGCGAUGAAAGCGGCAGCUAUGAACAAUGCCAACCAAAUUUGGAUGGAAUCAGUCGAGGCACAGGCUCCUUCUGGGUUUCUGAGCUCGCCACAGUUUCCUCAGAGCAGUCCUCCACAACUUAGAAUGCCAAAUCAGCCUGAGAUGUCGACACGACAGGUUUCUACAGGAUCGAAUGGAUCGUCCCAAAUGUCGCCGCGUAACCGACCAGUCAACAUGAUUCGCAGACCUUCACAUGGGAACAGAACGCCUCCGCAGAUGAAUUGCCAACGUACUUCCAGUAAUGCUUCCUUGAUAAAUAAACCUGGGGGAGUUGGCAGCCCUUUGCGAAAUUCCAUUAAUAGUCCAGAUGGUAAUUGGGGUACUAUGCCUCAGCGGGCUUUAAAAUAUGAAAACAAUACAGGGAAUCGGAAGGGUAGUAUAGUGAGACGUCCAUCUAUGAACGGAGCAACUCCGCCACAGAACUCGUUGGGAGAUCCAACUGCUGGGAGAGCAACGACACCAGUAUCCUCACCAGGGAUAUCUUCACGGCAAGCAGGGAAUGGAAUGAGGCCUAGUCAACAAAAUGGAGGUCCCUUUCAAGCCUGGAAUUCCUUUAAGCAAACACAUGGCAAUCGAGCUCGUUCGAUGUCGCAAGUUUCGUUUACACCAAAGACUCCUCCAAGAAUUGCUACACCGGUAUUUGGGCAAUCAGCAAGUGCACAAAGUCCAGGUGGAUUUCCAAACGGGAUGCGUCCAGAGCUUCCCAUUGCUGCUAGUCAUCCCGGACAAAGCAAUUUUGACGGUCAACUUGAUCCUGCCUUGGUACAAGACACUAGUGACAUCGUUGGCUGGGUACCUGAUGCGCAGAGGGCUUCGAUGAAUUUGCAAUUGGCUCAGCAGGCACGAAAUACUGCGGUAAACAUUCGUUUCACAUCGCAAGCUGAGUAUAAUCAAUACCUUCGUAUGAUGCACCAGAAAGCGGCGAUGGCUCGUGGAGUUCCUCAAAAUGCGGUCAUGAACAAUCAGCAAGUAGCUAACCCACUACAAGCUUCUCUUCACCCUUCCAAUGUUCCGGUAUCAAGUAACGACAAUCUUCCGUCACCUGGAUUCAAUGAUAAUCUUCAGAAGGUUCAAGCAAUUUACGCUGCACAGGCUGCUCAGGCGCAGAUGAAUUUAGCGAAGAACCAGGAGAUGGCGAAAAGUCCUCAACAGCCACGUUCUCUGUUUAGCCCAGGACAUAGCAUAGCAGCCGAACCAGAGUCGCAUUUUUCGAGUUUUGGAAGUCCACUUCCUAGUAAUGCUACUCCCGACGAUAAUGUCUUUCCAUCAGAAAAUCUAUCGAAUAAUCUGGAAGAUUUCUUGGCCAAGUGCGGUGCUAGUAAUUCUAAUCAAAGCGGGGGUACCAACAUAGCUGGGCAGCCGUCGAUUGAUUUUAGCGGCAUUACUGCGCAGGAUUCUCAGCCGACACGGUCUCCAAACUUAAUUAGUAUGUCACGAAUUCCUCGAUCUGUCCAGGUCUCGAAUCCUGGUCUUGGUAUCUCCAUGCCUCCUAAACAUCCCUCAAAACCUCCACCGGAUGUAACGAAUUGGCAACAAGUCUCUGCUCCCCCGGCCCCCAAUUUGAUUGGAAACUCGAUGUCUGGCUACGAUGUAGGUCAGUUUCCGCCGGGCUUUUUCAACGAAGAUCCGCCGAGCCGACAGAGUAUGAUGGAUAUGCUUUAUGCAAGUGAUGGAGGGGUGUCUAAUGAUGGAGGAAUGGCUGAUGUUUUGAACGACGGAGAUGCUUCCGAGCAAUGGCAAGCUAUCAUUGAGGAGGGACUAGAAGGUCAAGAGACUCCCAAGAGAGUUUUGGAUGCUAUGUUGGAAGAGCAGGAGAGUCCGUUGAAGAGGAAGAGUUCGAGUACGAAUCUUGCGGCGAAUAAGAAGGCGAAGGUUGCUGCGACUGCUGCUUCGGGUUCUGAGGUAGACGGGGGCGAUGUAGAUGAGUUGGUUGCUGGUGAGAAUGAGAAAACUACGGGCCAACGACAUCGACAACCGGCGAAGAUAGGAGGGCCUGCCAAGAAGAAUUCUGGUACGGCACCGAAAGUCAAGAGCGCGGAGAAGACAGGGACGAAGAAGGCUACGCCAGGGCAGAGAGGCCCGGGGAGACCGAAAAGUACUGAUAGGGAGGGUGCGGGACGUGGGAGAGGUGGUGCUGCUGCUAGGGGUGGUAGGGGUGGCGUAAAUGCGGGCAGAGGAGGGAGAAGUGGAAGUGCAAGUGCAAGUGGAAGUAGAAGUGGAAGUAGGAACGGAAGUGUCAGUGGAGGCAGGAGUAGAUCUGUUUCUACCGAGAAGGAAAGUGCCACGGGGUAUACGGGGACGGCGAAUUUAGCGGCGGCUAGGGCGAGGGGUGGAGGAGGGAGGAAAUGA